GAAAGGGAAAAAAAAAAAAAUCAAGAGGAGUUAGCAGUAUGUUCGGUAGGGCGUGUAGCUGCUCCAGUGAAAGUACUCCUACUUGGCCUGGUAACGUAUUGCCAUCUGGUCACAGUCUGGCAUAUAAAAAGCGCGAUUGAAAGCGAAGUAUGACACACUCGAGUCGACAGAACGCAAGAGCAACAACAAUGAGGAUCUUAGUUAUUUGUCUCUUCUUAGCCACGGCCGUAUUAGCCGGGAAGAAACAUGACAAACGUGGUUUACUUUUAGGAGACUCCGUUGGUUAUUCAAACGGAAUUGGUUUGGGUGGUUACUCCACUGGUGGAUUAAAAUCUGGUUUAUAUUCCAGUGGAUUGAAUUCUGGAGUUAUCGGUUAUGGUCUCGAUUCCGGACUUGGUUCAGGAUUCUCGUUAAAUGGAGGAAGUUCAGGAGGUGUGAUAUUAGGAGCCAGACCUGAACGUAUAACCGGCGUCACCGUUCAUCGUGAAGUUCAAGUUCCUGUUCCAGUGCCGCAUCCUGUACCGGUCGAAGUAACAAGAACUGUACCAGUACCUCAUCCCGUUCCAGUUAGAGUUGAUCGUCCUUAUCCGGUACCAGUGCCCCAUCCAGUUCCAGUCGAAGUUACUCGUCAUGUACCCGUUAAGGUCGACCGUCCUUAUCCUGUACCAGUACCUCAACCAGUCGAAAUCCGCGUACCUCAACCCGUACCUGUUCCAGUUCCCCAUCCAGUACCAGUUCCUGUCUCAGUUGGCCCAUCGAUUUCGUUAGGUUCUACAGGAGCUGGUAGCUUUUCAAGCGGAUUUUCAAGCGGACUAUCGACUGGAUUUUCAAGUGGUUACUCCGAUCUUGGAUCUAGUUUGGCCAGUGGACUUAGUUCUGGAAUAGAUGUCAGCAUUGGUCAUGGAUAUUCUUCUAACGGCGGUGGAUCGAUUAGCGGAGGAGAUGCUGGAUAUUCUUAUCCUGUUCCAUCGAAGAAAUGGUGAACAAACGUCCAAUGAUCACGUUAAGUUUUAACGGUUAUAUACAAAUUCUUUGUUCUUCUGAAAAUCGACAACUAAGUACCUUUAUGCGUUUGCUUCGUAAGCCAAGCAUCGUAACGAUAUAACAACAUAGUCAAUGUUUAAUGUAAUAAAUACAUUUUUUAUUUUGUUACGAUACUCAACGACUAUUUAUUUUCCUUCUUUCUAAAGUAAUAUCUGAAUAAAGAUAUACGGAGUAUUGUUUCUUAAUUCGUUAAUUUUUGAAGAAACAUUACGAUUAGCAGUAUUAAACUUAAGAAAUACUUCCGGAGAACUAACUAAUAAAUUAUAUGGAUUAAUUUACUUACAAGGGAUGUAAGACCAUGUAAGCGAUAAAUUGACAAAAUUGAAGUAAAAUUAAUUUUGGAUUGGAUAAUUCUCUAUUGUAGGACAAAGUUGAUAAACUGUGAAAAGUUUCUUGAAUUUUACGCAGAAUAAA